AUGAGUGGAGGUUUACCCAUACACGUUUCUUUCUUUUUUGGGAUUGAGAUUGCUCGUUCUCAAGCAGGCAUCUCUUUGUGUCAACAUAAGUACAUUUUGGAACUCCUCACUGAUGCUGGUCUUCUUGACUGCAAGCCUUCCUCUGUACCUAUGGAUCCAAGCAUCAAACUAGCGGCUGAAGUUGGUGAUAAAAUUCCAAAUGCUGAAGUUUAUAGACGAAUGAUUGGGAGACUUCUCUAUCUCACAAUCACUCGCCCAGACAUCUAUUUUGCAGUACAUAAAUUGUGUCAGUAUUCUUCAGAUCCUCGGGUUCCUCAUCUCAAGGCUGCACACAAGAUACUGCAUUAUCUCAAGGGAAGCAUUGGUCAAGGUCUUUUCUAUCCUGUUGAUGAUGAUUUCCAGAUUAAAGCAUUUUGCAAUUCAGAUUGGUCUCAAUGUCCUGAUACAAGACGUUCAAUAUCUGGGUUCUGUAUCUUCGUUGGUAACUCUCUGAUCUCAUGGAAAUCUAAGAAACAUGAUGUCGUAUCUCACUCUUCUGCAGAAGCAGAGUACAGAGCCAUGGCUACUGCUGCUCUACACAUUGCCAAGAAUCCCGUAUUCCACGAACGGACGAAACAUAUCGAGCGUGAUUGUCAUUCUAUUAGAGAGAAGCUGGUGCGUGGUCAGUUGAAGACACUUCAUGUACGGACUGAGAAUCAGUUAGCUGAUCCGUUCACGAAGGCUCUCUAUCCGGCUAUGUUUCAUCGUUUCAUGUCUAAGAUGAGUUUUCUCAACAUUCUAACGCCAUCUUGA